GACCUCAUCUCACUAAAUCCGGCUACCACGCUCUUCACUUCCACCGCUUUUUCCUCGCUGUGUCCCCGCGCACGUGCUGUCAUGGCGUUCAUAUAACGCGCGGCCCUGACUCAAUAAAUGCCGAUUUAGAUUUUUCGAAGUUGAUGAUCUCAUGGAGGUGAUCCGGAAGCAGGCAAGCAAACUCAAGGAGCAAGUAGCUAAGCAGCAGCAGGCAGUUAUCAAGCAAUUCAGCGGACGCUUUGGCCAUGAUUCUGUUGUUGCUGAUGGAGCAGAACUCUCUUGCUAUCAGAAACUUCAAACUCUUUUUGACUCUACAAAAGCAGCAAAGCAUUUUCAACGGGAUAUCGUAAGAGGUGUCGAAAGUUUUAUCUCCGUCAGUGCAAAGCAGAUGGGAAUAGUAACAAAACUAGCUGAAGAUUGUUGCAAGUAUGGUAGCGAAUACCAAAAUUAUGGUUUUGCUCUGCCUAAGGCUUCUUUGGAAUUUGGUACUUCCCACAAGUUGAUGGAAAAAGAGAGGGAACAGUUGCUCAGAAUGUUCGGAGAUCAGGUUUUUCAGCCAUUAAGGACAAUGAUAAUGAGUGCCCCUUUAGAGGAUGCUCGCCAUUUGACUUACCAUUAUGAAAGAAUCAGACAGGAGGUAGAGGCCCAGGCGGCUGAAGUUAUGAGACGCCAAUCAAAGGCCAGUGAAGUAGGUGCCAAUGCAGACAGCAUGAAUAAACUUCAAAAUGCCGAAUCGAAAUUGUCUGAACUCAGAACCACUCUGUCUGCUUUGGGAAAAGAAGCAACUGCUGCUAUGGUUUCAGUGGAGACUCAGCAACAAAAAAUUACUUAUGAAAAGCUUCUUGCAGUGGUUGAUGCUGAAAGAGCUUACCAUCAUCAUGUCGCAGAUAUAUUGGACAAGCUCCAUGAUGAGAUGGUCUCAUUAAAAUGUCAUCCUGACCCCACCUCAGAAUCACCAGUUGUUAUGACUAGCGAUAGUGCUCUCAUUGAAAAACAAGAUACUAAGGCCACUCAACCAGUUGAUCUUCCCAGCAAAUGGUCAUGACACACUCUAUUUUAUUGCAGAAGUCAUUCAUCCAUUUGAUGCUCAAGCAGACGGCGAGCUAAGUCUUGCAGUUGGUGACUAUGUUGUGGUGCGCCAGGUGGGGCAAAAUGGAUGGUCUGAAGGUGAAUGCAAGGGGAAAGCUGGUUGGUUCCCAUCGGCAUAUGUAGAGCAGAGAGACAAAGCUCCAGCAAGCAAAGUCAUAGAUGCCAGGCUACCCUCAUGAUCUACAUGACCAAAUAUAUACAGAUGAAGAAUAUUUUUGUACUUCGGUUUUGACCUUUUUUGUUGCACCAUCUGCCAAUUUCCCGAUCAAAUUUCAUCUUUCUCGAGCUCUGCAUCAGCAUUUUAUUUUCUCAAUGCUGAGAUUUGUUGUGUAUAUUCUUGUACCUCCAUGUCUCCCUCUCACUCCUAUUAGCCAUGUUGUAGAGGUCCGGCUGCUGCUCAAGCAUAUCUCCUUAUUGUGCAUUUGUUGUGGGAUGUAUAGAUUGCUUAAUAUUUUACUUUUCUUCUUAGCUGUUUAUCAUUUAGAGUGUGUAUAUCUCGUGUCCUUGUUGGCUGAGUGUUGUUCUAGGCUUCUUCAUUGCUCAUGAGCGCUUAGGGCAAUAAUUGUGUGAUAUUAUGUUGUUUAAAACUCUACUCAUUUCAUGUUGUCUAUCAGCAAUAAAGUGUGUUGCUUUUGUUA